UCCAUGUAUAGCAAACCAAUCCUACCCUUUUCCCCUAAAUUUUCUGACUUCUUUACAAACUCAUAUCUGCAUAUAUGUAUAUAUAUGUACAUACAGUUCUUUUUUUCCUUUACAGAAUGCUUUCAAAAGAUGAUUAGAAUUCUGGGCCAGUUUCAAAUUUUCAACUUUCCAAUGUUUCAUUCAAGCUUGAUUAUUUCGAUUCUCGGCUGUGUGGUCUUCCAUGUUGAAGCACAAACCUCAGGGCCAAAUUUUCCUUCUGAUGAUGAACAGUCCAAUUUUGAACCAAGUGUUGCUGUGGUUAUUGGUAUUCUCGCUAUCAUGUUUGCGUUAACUUUUGUUCUCCUUGUCUAUGCCAAGUUCUGCCAUGGAAGAGCUUAUGUUGGUGGCAACAAUCACCAAAGAACAGGAGUUAUCAGCACAAGCUCUAGAUUUUCCGGUAUUGACAAGACAGUGAUUGAGGCACUUCCUUUUUUCAGAUUCUCCUCUCUUAGAGGGUCAAAGGAAGGUCUUGAAUGUGCAGUCUGCCUAUCCAAAUUUGAAGAUAUUGAAGUUCUCAGAUUGCUGCCCAAAUGCAAACAUGCUUUUCACAUUAGCUGCAUUGAUCACUGGCUGGAAAAGCACUCAAGCUGUCCUCUGUGCAGGCACAGAAUUGGUUCUGAGGACCUAACGUUCAUUACCUACUCAGAUAGCAUGAGGGUCUUGUGGAAUAGCCAAUCAGAACAUCGACAAGACUCGAACAUAGAGCUCUUUGUUCAGAGAGAGGAAGAUUGCCGCAGUUCUUCAAGGUUCAGCAUAGGAAGCAGCUUUCGGAAAACUGAAAAGGCUGUUGAUAAAGAAGAGGAAUUGCUAAUCCAAGAAGAAGUUCCUGAUAUGUCAAGGGAGGAUCAGAAAAUCCUGCACAAGCACAAACACAAAAUUGUUGUGUCUGAUCUUGAGUUUAAGAACAGAUGGAGCAAUGUGAGUUCCUCUGACCUCAUGUUCCUAAAUUCUGAGAUGCUUAACACAAUGUCAAGCAAUAGAUUCUCUUCCGCACAUUUAAAUCAUGAGCCUGCAACAGCAACGGGAAAUGAGGAGAUUAUGAAGAUUAGGGAGGAGAUGGAGAUGAAAAGAUUGUUUGAGAAUAAAGUUAGUACAAUGAACAAAAAUGCUUCAGCUUCAAGCCCAACUUUUCCUUCCACAUCAGAUUACAUAGCAACUUCAGCUCAUGCCUCAAGGACUAUGAAUCAAGGUGAGAAAAGAUCAAUGUCAGAAAUCACUGCUCUUUCAAGAUUUGGGAAUUUGGGUUUUAAGUACAGGAAUAAGGAGCCUUCUCUGCUUGAAAACAAUGUGAAGGAGGAAAGAAUGAGGCGGCUUUGGUUGCCGAUUGCCCGAAGAACAGUCCAGUGGUUUGCCAACAGAGAGAAAAGGACUCAACAGCCUUUAGAUGUAUAAUAUGGAUCAAUGCUUCCCUAGAAUGUGGAAUGUUCUUUUCAUGGAAGCAUUAAAGUUCAUAGAUUUUAGGCAGUUUGCUUAAAAAUUCAAGAGGAACAGACACACACACACACUUU